ACAGUUUUCAAAGUCAUCGUCUUCACGACAACCAAUCAGAAGUAGGCCUCCUAAUUUAAUCCCUCUCUGGAGUCUAGACUCCGUCCGCCUCUUCCAUCUUGAAUUCCCCGACCCCUCUCCUCCCCCAUCAAACCCUACCGCCUUCUUCCUCCUCUUCCUCUCUCUAUAUAUAUCUUAUUCUCCCCUCCUCGUCCCUUUGUAAUGUAAUUCAAGUUCUUCACACCGACCAACUUGCAAGGAAACGGACCAAGUUAACAACGAGUUGCCGCCGUUUGAUCAAUUUCUGGGUUAGAUUGCUGUAAUUAAUUGAGUAGAAUUCCUUCGACAUCGACGAUGAUGGAGUGGUUGAGGUAUUACCUGUCGGAGCACCCGGCGAUCGUGGGAUUCAGGUGGAGCCACACCCAAUCAUGGGGUUCCACCUGGCUCUUCCUUUUCACCUCCAUCUCCUUCUACAUCGCCUUCUCCCUCUUCCUCCACCUCCUCCUCACCCUACUCCGCCCGAGCCGCCGCCCCGUCCCGCUGGGCCCCAUCCCCGCCCUCCACAGCCUCGCCAUGGCCCUCAUCUCCGCCACCAUCUUCACCGGGAUCCUCGUCUCCGCUGCAGCCGAGAUCCGGGAGACCCGGUGGUUCUGGCGGCGGUCCAAGACCCCCUUCCAGUGGCUCCUCUGCUUCCCCCUCGGCACCCGCCCUUCCGGACGCGUCUUCUUCUGGUCGUACGUCUUCUACCUCUCCCGCUUCCUCCACACCCUCCGUACCGUCUUCGCCAUCUUCGGCCGGCGCCAGCUCUCCUUCUUCCGCCUCUUCAACCACUCCAUACUCAUCUGCACCUCCUUCCUCUGGCUCGAAUUCUCCCAGUCCUUUCAGGUCGUCGGCAUUAUGCUCGCCACCGCCGUGUACGCUGUGGUAUACGGGUACCGCUUCUGGACGGCAAUUGGGUUGCGGGGCGCCUGCUUCCCCUUCGUGGUGAGUUGUCGGAUGGUGCUUCUGAGCUGCAACACACUCUGCCAAUUCGGAGUGCUUUUGCUGCAUCUUCUGAAAGGGGGAUGCAACGGAAUUGGGGCUUGGCUGUUCAAUUGCGUUCUCAACGCUGCCAUUCUGUUGCUGUUGUUGAUCUUCUACGUCAAAGGGCGUCACCGGAAGAGAAAGGUCGGUGAUUUCGACCCAGAUAUUGACCUGGUCGUCAAACACAAGCAAAUUUGAGUCCUGCUUCUCUUCUGGGUUUUUUGUAUUUUUUAUUUUUUCUUUUCUCUAGUGUCGUCAUUUUGUUAAUUAUCGGGGGGCAAUUGAAACGAUUGCCGCUUGGAAUUUGUAGAAAUUUAUUAGUUAGUACACACACACACACACAUAUAUAUAUAUAUAUGUAUGUAAAGGCGGACAAGAAGAGUUGUGCAAUUCAGCCAUCUUAGCGCGUUUUCUUCUCACAGGCUCUCUCUUAAUAAUUUGUUUUGUGCCUUGCUGGAAGCUAAUGUAAACUGGAAGAGAACUGACAGUUUGUAGAAGUGGGGAAAGAAAGAACAGUAUAUAUUUCAUCACAUUAUUGAGAGUGGUUGCAGUGAAAUUAUGAUAAAUGGGAACGCUGGAAUGACAUGGACUUGGAAUGCUUCUCCUGCUUGGUUCCAAUCCAAUGGAAUCUCUUCAGUUUCGGCCUGUUCCCAAUUGAGUUGUACGUGGUGUUAGGGCCCCACUGCUUACGCCCAAAGUUUUUAACUUGGGGUCUCCUCCAAUAUUUAUCAUUCAUUUUGUUCUUCCUCUCAUGAUA